AUGUCUUGGUUCUUCAAGUCCAAUAAUCUUGGCGCAGAAUCUUCCGACCUCAACUACCGCACCGUUAUCCACUCCUCUCCCUCACCGCUUCCAGCCGCCGAUCGCCACGGCGUCAAGGACGACAUAUCUUAUAUUUUCCGCGGCGUCGCCAACUUCCUCGCUCCGCCGCCGUCCUCCUCUUCUUCCUCCUCCUCCUCCUCGCAAGCUCUGACCGGAAUCCGGAACGAUCUCGUGGAGAUCGGCGGAAGCUUCAAGAACUCUCUCUCGCUCAUUUCCACGAACAAAGCUGUCACCGGAAUCUCCAAGUUCGCUUCUCAGUUGUUGCAGUUGGAGCCUGAUCAGCAACGAAGCAACGACGAGGCGGUGCCUGGAACGACGGAAGAUGUUGUGCGUUUAGUGAAGGAGAUUUCUGCGCGGCCUCAGUGCUGGACCGAAUUUCCCUUGCCGCUCCACAACGAUUUUAGCAUGUCCAAUUCCCAGAGAGAACAUGCAUUGGCUAUAGAACGGCUGGUACCUGAAUUCGUUGCACUUAGACUGAAUCUAUGCAGUUACAUGAACGUGGAGAAGUUUUGGAUGAUCUAUUUUUUGUUAAUACUUCCUAAACUAAAUCAGCAUGAUUACGAGUGCCUAUCAAGCCCCAAGCUUGUUGAAGCAAGAGAUGUGCUUCUCCAGAAACUUGGAGAGAGGAAAAAUUUGCAAGCUGAAGAAAGUGAAAAGCCAGGGACUGUGGAUUCACAUCAAGAGGUUAGAGAGGACAGUGAAAAAGAAAGUAUCUCAUUUGAGCAAAACCAGGUUUUGACUGAGGUUACAAAUGCAGUGAAGGGUUUAGAAGUUGAUGACACGGCUAUUACUGAAAAAUGGUUGGAAGACACGGACGUUGAUGCUAGUUCAUUUGCUUCCUGUACAAAACAUCAACAGGAAGAGGAUGUCUCAUUCAGUGACCUAGAGGAUGAUGGGAGUUAUAGCUCCGAUAAAUUAUCAAGCUGUAGGGAGCCACAGGACAUCAGGGGUUUAUCACCUGAAGGUGCUACUAGUGACUGGGUUCAGCUGCAUGGAAGUUCUCUUAGAGAUGGCAGAAAGAAGGCUAUACGUUUAAAAGGUAAGGAUUCAGAAGAUGAGUCGAAUGAUUGGCUCACGAUCGAUGAUUUUAAUUAG